AUGGCAAUUUCUACAGAUCAUCAUAGACUUUCAGAAGCAAAAACAGAAUUACGAUUUAAUAAACAGGAUUUAAAUAAUCAAAUGGAAAAAAUAGUGGGCUUGGAAAUAUCUUUAGAGAUCCAAGAAAGGGAAUUUGAAAAAAUCAGGGAAGCAAGUCAGAAGUUUAUUCAAACCAAAUUGAAGAGAAGAAGAGAGAACUUGCACCUUGAUUCAAAUCAACUAGAAAUUCAACAAUUGGACACUGAUUUAAGCAUUACUUUAGGCAAGAAAAUUUUCAAGUUUAGUUUUGCCGAUUCUCGACAAGAGAAGUUGAAGGAAAAACUUUUAAAUUCUUCUCAGUCUAGAGGACAAGUUCUUAGUAGCUUGAUAAAGCUCAAAGAUAGUAGUCGUAUAAAAGGAUUGUAUGAAACUAUCGAAGUUAGAGAUGGAUGGAAUGCUUGCGCAAAACGUAUUAUCUAUACUGAAAAAGAGUUGUCGAGUUACGAGAGUCUCAAGUGGCCAAAAUCAAGGGCGGAAAAGGAUAGGAUUAAAAUCGAAAUUUCUCUAGCAAAAAGUGAAGGAGAAUUAGAAGAAUUAAAUAAUGAAACAGAAAAGCUAACGAAAGAAAUUCAACAGAAAACCGAAAUUUCUCGUUCCAUUCAUUCUCUUAGCAAACUUACAUUUCAUGAGAUUGGAGGUGAUGAUAAGCAAGAAUUUCAAAUUUACACUGAUGAUGAGCUCGAUUCAAUGGACAAAGAUACAAUACAAGGAGAGAUCGAUGAUCUUAAAGAGAAAAUACAAAAUGCCAAUCCAAAUCUAAGUGUUUUUGAAGAUUAUCGUAUUUGUGAGAAAGAGUAUUUGGCAAGUGUUAGAGAUUUUGAAGAGAUUACUUCUAAGCGUGAUGAGUGUAAAAAGGGUUGGAA